UGUUCGUCUUUUUUGACUAUUUCCAAGUACCUAAACAAACCUUUGACAAACCAUAAAGGAAUUCAACUUUCCUUUCCUUCAAUUUCCUUUCCUUGGAUUUUUCACAUUAACCCUUUAUCAAGGCUAUAUUUCCAACGAUGUUAAUUGCCUUGAUUAAGUGAUCUAAUCAGGAUUAUUGGUUUUUCAAUCCCUGCUGUUUGAGCAAUGAGUAGUAAGAGCUUACCAAUGGAAACUCAAGAGGAGAAAGUCUACGUUGCAGUCGGAAAUGAUAUACAAGAUGGAUAUAAGACCUUGGCUUGGACACUGAGAAAAUGGAAUUCUCAACCCAUCUCCAUUGUCCUCCUUCAUGUUACUUACAACAUUUCCAAGGACUUUGUUUACACCCCAUUUGGGAAGCUUCCGGCAAGCGCGGUGAGUGAAGAGAAGCUGGAAGUCUUGAGGAAGUAUGAGCAAGAGCAGACAGACAAGUUACUUUCCAAGUAUAUAGCUUUCUGUGGCAAGGUAAAAGCUGAGAUAUUGAAAGUUGAGAAAUAUGAUGAACCUAUCCACAAGCUCAUAGUAGAUUUGACAUCAGGACUCAGAAUUGGCAAACUUGUCAUGGGAACGACAUUCUUGAAAUCCUCAUCAUGGUAUGGAAAAUUUCUCUACCUCUUUGCGCUUAGUUUAAACUACAAGAUUCAGGGAAUUGGAAUUUUUUUUUCCUUGUUGAUGAUUCACUUUAAUUUCUUCCUCCAUAGGAGAUCAAAGAGUGCUAUAAGUGGAUCAUUCUAUGUUCACCAUUACAAACCUGACUUUUGCGAGCUUUACAUUAUAUGUGGGGGGAAAUUGGUGGUCCUCGACGGAAAUAUUGAUAAAGGGUUCAUGGAGGAUGAUCAAGGAAUCAUGAUUGCCAAAAUAAAAGAAAAGCCAACUCUCAAACAUUUGUUAGGAAAAAUUUUUAGUGAAAAUAAUCCAAGCAGAAGGAAAAAAGGUUUUUUUCCUCCAUCAACAAACCAGGAUUCAUCACAGAACCAGUGGGAAGAUAAUUUACAAGAGAUUGAAAACUAUUUCCAGCAUUUGUUGUCUUUAAACUUGGAUGAGGUGAUUUCUCAGGACGAGAUCAAUGAUCGGUUGCAAACUAGUCCAAUGGAGCCAAACGCACCAGAAAACACAAAUGCCGACAUGAAUGCUGCAGAAAACAUGGAAGCUCUGCAAAACAAGAUAGAUGAAGCUUAUGCGACUAUUCAGUUGAAAAGGAAGGAAGCUAAGGUCAAUGCUGAAAGACAUGAAAAAGCUGAAUGGGCUAUAAUUUUAUGCAAUACUCGGGCUGAGGAACUUGAAACUCUGAUAAAAGAAGAGGUCACCCAGCGGUUAGAGAUAGAGAAAUUAUCGGACACCGAAAAAGAGCAACUUCAUGAAGUUAUAAGAGAUGUUGAAGAAAGCAAAAAGAGGCUAAAUUCACUAUUGGAACUCCAAACUGAGCUCUCAAAAAAACUUCAGAUAUCAAGUAUGGCAAGAGCAAAUGCUGAGGCUCAGUUAGAAAAGGCUGUAGUUACAAGGGCAGAGAUGGUAACCGAAAUCGAAGAAUUGAGGCGACAAAGGGAUGUUUUCCGACGUAGAAUUGAGUUUUGUAGAGAAAAAGAUGCACUUGGAAUGGCUGCAAGAUUAAGUGAAAUAGGCUGUAGUUACAGAGAGUACACAGCUGAGGAUAUCAGAUUAGCAACUGAUAAUUUUUCAGAGCGUUUGAGAUUAAAAUCAGGAGGGGAUUGGUUGAAUGUAUAUAAAGGACGAAUCAAUCAUUCAAUAGUUGCAAUAAAGAUGCUCAAUUCUGCUAAUGGAUUGUCUCAAGAAGAUUUUCAAGCUAAGGUGAGGCUUCUUAACGACAUUCGACAUCCGCAUUUGGUUGCUAUGAUGGGAUUCUGCUCCGAGCUGAAAUGCAUAGUCUUUGAAUACAUGCAUAAUGGUAGCUUGAGAGACAUUUUAUGUUCCUCCCAAAGGAAUUGUAGGAAAACAAACAGAAACCGGGUCCUUGGGUGGUAUGAUCGGAUCCGAAUAGCUCACGAGGUUUGCUCGGGCUUGGCCUUCCUACACUCGGCUAAGCCCAGGCCCAUAAUUCAUUUUCAACUCACCACGUCCAACAUUCUCCUGGACCGUAAUCUUGUUGCAAAGAUCAGUGGCUAUGGCUUGACUCAGCGCCAUGAUCACUAUGAUCUGAGAUCAAAUAUUAGGGCAUUUGGGGUUCUAUUGAUGCAUAUGUUAACUGGGAGGAAUUGGGCCGGGCUGAUUGAAGACGCGAUGACAGUGGACCGGACUGCCCUUGUUCGGGUUUUGGACGAGAAGGCAGGGCAAUGGCCUUUGGAGGUGGCAGUGGAACUUGCAGGAUUAUCCAUGAAAUGCUUGUCUGUUAACCAUUGCCUCAACAUAGAUUUGCAGAUUGGAACUGUUAUGGAAGAGCUAGAUGAGCUGAAGAAGAAAGCUGAUGAUCUGGUGGCUAGAGGAGGAUUUGAAGCGGUCACCAAUAAAAAUGUAAAAACAGAUGACUCAAGCGAUGUACCAGGUGUUUUCCUCUGCCCCAUAUUCCAGGAAGUGAUGAAAAAUCCACAUAUAGCGGCUGAUGGUUUUUCAUACGAAUUGGAAGCUAUAGAGGAAUGGCUGAAGAUGGGGCAUGAUACAUCUCCCAUGACAAAUUUGAGUCUCAAGCACAAAUUCCUGACCCCAAAUCACACCCUCCGUUCCCUCAUCCAAGAAUGGCAGAAUAAGGGAUCAAAUUUGCCUUGUUGAAGUGAAGACAUUUCAUUAAUU